AUGGGCCGUGCCGUACGGCGCAGCCCGCUGGCUUCCCCCGCGGCCUCCCCGGGCUGGCCGGCCUCCCGGCAGCCGCCGGAUCCGCCGCCGCCAUCCUCGGGCCCGCUGCCGCCGCCGCGCUCGCUGAGGCCGCCCAUGGCCGGACCGUGCCCGGCGCGGCUGCAGGGCGACGCGGCCGCCUUCAGCGCGGCCCUGCGCACCCUGGUCAACAACCCCCAGUUCAGCGAUGUGAUGUUCGUGGUGGGCCAGGAGCAGCAGAAGGUGUUUGCACACCGCUGUGUGCUGGCGUGCCGCUGUCAGGUGUUCCGUGGCAUGCUCAGCCAGGCACCAGUGGGCAGCCAGGACUCCUCCAGCAGUGUCCCACCCCAGGGCCCCUUCAUCCUGGGCAACGUGCAGCCUGAGGUCUUCCUGGCCGUCAUCGAGUUCCUCUACACCAACAGUGUCACCCUCAACAGCCACAUAGCACUGGAGGUGCUGACCUCAUCGGUGGAGUAUGGCUUGCAGGACCUGUGCAAGCUCUGUGUCAAGUUCAUCAAGGACACGCUGAGUGUGGAGCAGGUCUGCGAGGCUCUGCAGGCUGCAGUGACCUAUGGGCAGGUGGACCUCCAGCAGCACUGCCUGGCCUUCAUCGAGGGCUGCACCGCGGCAGUGGUGCAGACCCAGGGCUUCCGUGAGCUCUCAGACGUGGUGCUGGCGCGGGUGCUGCGCAGCGACCGCCUGGCCGCGGAUGAGCUGGACCUGGUGCAGGCUGUGCGUGAGUGGGCUCACGUCAGCUCGGCUGUCCUGGAGCGUCCGGUGCCAGAGGUGGCUGCCCUGCCCGUGAGGGAGCUGCGUCUGCCCUUGCUGGCACCCAGUGAGCUGGUGACACUGGAGAGCUACAACCAGCAGGACCUCCUCAUCCCGGUGGAGAACAUCGCGGCAGCCUGGCGUGCCCACGCACUGAGGAGGGGCAGCGGGGUGCCCUCCCGCCUCUGCCGUCCCCGCCGGGGCACGCGGCCCCGCGACCAUCACCGUCACCUUGAGCCACACACCAAGUAGGGGCUGGCAGCGGGUUUUGUCCAGCCCAACCGGGGACUCUGCAGCAGGGCAGGCACUGGGGCUGGGCACUGAUGCUGCCGUGGCCAAGAACAUCAUCGAUAAGAUGAUUUGUUACUGUGUCAGGGGCAGGGCAGGAUGCCUGGGUCACCCCAAAAGUGAUGCAGGGGCUGGGGGUAGGGGAGGGCUGGGCCAUGGGAUGGGUGCAAGGACACUGCAGGCUGCCCAGGCAGUGACCCAAGGGUGGUGGGGCUGCAGAGAUCCCUGCGGGAUGGGGACCCAGGAUGAGCUCCCCCUUGCCCGGGGCCGUGCUGCCCUCCCCCGGCAGCGGGGCUGUGCUGCAGUGGGGGAGAGCACCAGCGCCUGCCCGCGCUGGGCCACGGGGACCCUGGGGCUUGGAGGGGGUGCAGCUAGGAGGGGACACAUGGGCAUCUUUGCACGCACUGCUGCACCGACAGGCUCCCAACCCCCGCCAAGCCGUGCCAGCAGGCCACACACACAGAGCACAGACUGCCAGCCCUCCCUGUGCCACACACACAGUGUGCAGCCCCCCUUGCACCCCCCAUUGAGUGUGUGCACACAGCUGGGUCUGUCUCAAGCACACAUACCCACCCCCCCCCCAGCUGUGUUCCCCAGGAGAAAGGGCCAGACACAGCGGGUAAUUUAUAUAUAAUAUAUAUAUUUACUCUUUAAAAAUAAACCUUCAGUCCCCACUACCGCCUGUACAAACUACAAAAAUAAACCUUUGCUCUCUUUGAUAU